AAGCAGCUGAUUGAUUUGGUACAAGAAUCAAGAAACAGAAAUACAGUCGACACUCGUCAACGAGCAGUCGAAUCUAUUUUCCUACGUUGUAUCAGAAUUAAAUAGUUUACUCUCCAGAGAUUGAAUAUUUUAUAAUCUGAUUCAAAGUUAUUUCUUUCUAAAGUUGAAUUUGAUGUAAUCAUAUUCAAGGAAUCUGUUACGAAACAUUUUAUUUUGAAAUGAAUCCACUCCAUCUUUUUUUGAAGGUUAUGUUAUUUGAUAAUCCUGUAAUGUAAAGAUUUUUCCAAGAUAAAUUUAUCAACUCAAAAUGAAUUCAAUAGCUAGAAAUGUUUUAGAUAAUAUGAGAAAUUGCCUUUGUAAAAGUAGUAAAAUUCGACCAUCUCAAGGAUUCAAUAUCUCUUUGUCAGCCGAACGUUGUUCCACAAAUUUCACCAUCGUAAUUCAAAAGAGAGUAUUUUCCUGUCAAAAUAAAGCUUUAUUGCAAAAUUCUCUUGAUAAUCUUCUGAAGAGAGACGUUUAUUCUGGACCGAAUACUCUGAUAAACGCAUCAAAACCAGCAGCGAACUUGAAAUGCUACUGCACAAGCCCCAGGAAGGAUGAAGAACAGAAGCCACUUUCAAUAUUUCAAAAGUUCAAGGCGUUGUACAGAGAUUAUUGGUACGUUCUGGUUCCAGUGCACAUGGCAACAUCGGCUGUGUGGUUUGGAGGAUUCUAUUACAUGGCGAAAAGUGGUGUGGACAUAAUCCCAAUAUUGGAGUUCCUGAGAGUCAGUGACACGAUAAUUGAUAAAUUUCGCAGUGAACAUUUUGAAAAAGCCGGAUACGUUGCUCUGGCUUUUGCAUUCUACAAAUUGGCCACGCCCCUACGCUAUGCAUCUACAUUGGGUGGAACAACCGUGGCUAUAAAUUAUUUGAAAAAAUGGGGCUUUAUUAAACCUAUCCCUUCCAAUCAAAAGCUGAAAGAAAUGUGUAUGGAACAGAAACAGGUUUUAAUUGAUAGAAAGAACCAAUUAAAAGACAAUGUGAUUAAAAACAAACUCUCACUCAUUGAGAAAAAGAAUCGGUGGAACAACCGUGUUCAUAAGGCACUUAAAAACGUGGGGCUACCUGAAGCCGAUUCCUCCAAAAGAGCAGCUAAAAGAAAUGUGUCUCGAACAAAAAAGGAUUCUAAUGGACAAAAAGGAUCAAAUAAAAAAUAACGUCCUGAUUAAAAAGAACUCACUGAUUGAAACGAAGAAUCAACUGUCGAAAAUCAAAGACAAUGUCUUGAAUCCCUUGGAGAGAGUACCAACUCAGGGAAAAAUAAAAUAAUGGAAGUACAGAUUAUUUCUGUUGUCAAUGAAUAUGCAAGUAUGUAACAUGCGUCAGUAUGUACAUUAUACGCUUCUAUGAUCGUAGUGUGUAACAUAGAGCUAUUGUGUUGAACAUUUUGAAUUUUAUGUGGUAUUUAGUUCAAGGUGGCCAUGUUUCAUAGAAAAUUAUAUCGAUUGUUGAUCAAUAAACUGUUCACCUUAUAUUCUAGUGCAAUUUAUGAUUAUAUUCCAAAACUUCUUCCACUAAUAAUUUUUCACUACUACAUCGUUCAUAGGUCAAAUACUGAAAGAUGAUUAGCUUAUUGAUUUACUAGCUACUAGUAAAAUGUGCUGAAUAAUGUUUCAUUCUCUCCAAGUUGAAGAUUCUUGGUAUCAAUAUAAUAUUAUAGUAAUAUACAACUA